AGUAAGGAACACGCUCACAAAAACAGUUGAUGUUCGGCCCAACGUUGAGAAAAAGGACGUCUGACGCUGCAGUUUAGAAAAACAUUUUUCUAAUCUGACUGUCAGUUUACCAUUGAAAGCAAGGAAACAUAACCAUUGUAGAAUCUCCGUUUUUGUAACAGCGUGGAUGCGAACGUGAGAACACCAUGGCCUCCCGAAAGAAGGUCCUCCUGAAGGUGAUAAUCCUUGGUGACUCAGGAGUUGGGAAAACUUCUCUGAUGAACCAGUAUGUGAACAAGAAGUUCAGCAAUCAGUACAAAGCCACAAUCGGCGCAGAUUUCCUUACCAAAGAAGUGAUGGUGGAUGACAGACUUGUGACUAUGCAGAUCUGGGAUACAGCCGGCCAGGAGCGCUUUCAGUCUCUGGGCGUGGCGUUCUACCGCGGGGCCGACUGCUGCGUGCUGGUGUAUGAUGUUACUGCUCCCAACACGUUUAAGACUUUGGACAGCUGGCGAGAUGAGUUCCUGAUCCAAGCCAGCCCUCGUGACCCGGAAAACUUCCCAUUUGUGGUGUUGGGCAACAAAAUCGACCUGGAAAAUAGGCAGGUGACAACAAAACGCGCCCAGGCAUGGUGUCAAAGCAAAAAUAACAUCCCAUAUUUUGAGACCAGUGCCAAAGAAGCCAUCAAUGUGGACCAGGCCUUCCAGACCAUUGCACGAGACGCUCUCAAGCAGGAGUCGGAGGUGGAGACCUAUGAUUUCCCGGACCAGAUCAAGCUAAGGGACGACAGACCGGCCUCGUCCAGCGACGGCUGCAGCUGCUGAGGGAAGAGUCAGGAUAGGAGAUAGGAGAUGGGAGGGGUGGAGAGGCUGGGGAGGGGGGGGAUACCACUGGAUCUUGAACCUGAAGAGACAGUUACAGCGGACAACGUUCCCUUCCAACACGAACCCUCUCGUCUGGCCAGGCUGCAGCUAACUGGGUGAAAACGAAACGACCAAGUAACCAUCCACCCCACUCAUCCACCCAACCAACAGCAACCUUCUCUGGAUUCCUGCUUUAAGCAGGGAGAAGGAGGAUGGUGAAAAACCCAGAAGAGCAAGACACCCAACAUGGUUAGGCAUUGACUUUCAGAGCAUCAUGUAUUAAGAUCAUUUCUGCAAAUCCAGCCGAAUUUAACCAUAGAUGUAGUAACUUCAUUUUAUUCUAUUGCACAUCAUCAUUCUGUAAUAUUGUUAGACGUCAAAACUAACCUAUUACUUCCCCCAUCUUUUUUUUUUUUUACCACCCCAGUACUUUUGAUUUUGCUCCCAAGUUUUUCCAUGUACUAAAUACAUCUGUUUCUUUUCCUGAUCUGUUCAGAAUGUCAGUUGGCCAUAGGCCUAGACAUGGAGACAGCCAACCAAGGUUUGAAAGGCCCAUGAAUAAUAAUAAAUGGUAGGAUCUAGCGUGGUUUUUAAACCGUUUAAGUGAAAUGACAUUGUUUAGGGAGGAAGUGUGACAAACAGGAGGGUGGAAGUGAAACACAGCCUGGGGGUGGGGUUGGGAAGAGACAGGAUGUGAGGACAUAUCUGCUGCCUAGUGACACGUCAAAGGUUAACCUUGUUGCUGUUGCUCUCAAUUUCCUGUUGACCUCUUGCAAAUUAAAAAGGCACAAUGUGUAGGAGGGUUUUAUCAGAAAACAUUUCGACUAAAGCAGGGUAUUUUAUGAAAAAAAAAACAA